AGAUGAAGAGGAGGCGGUGGCAGUGGUGGGAGAAGAGGCGGCGGCGGGGGUAGGGAGCCUGGAAACGCGAGCGGGGAUGGUAGGUGGUUUGGACCCGCCGGGCCGCCGUCGUUUCCAGAAAGGGUUUGACUGGAGGAACCUCUGGAGCAGCUGCUUUUGGACAAACUCUUCUGAAAGGUGGGCAGCCUAGAAAGCCAGUUGAUGCCACUUGCUAUUGGAGUUGUGGGUUGGCUGGCUCCUCUGGCUGAUGGCAUGUUGAGGUACAUGGGCCAGCGGCAGCGAGGGCAUCCGAUCCAGAGGGGGCCACUCUAGAGGCCGGGCCACCAGCACCAUGGGCCAGUGUGUCACCAAGUGUAAGAAUCCCUCAUCGACCCUGGGCAGCAAGAAUGGAGACCGUGACCCCAGCAACAAGUCACACAGCAGGCGGGGUGCAGGCCACCGUGAGGAGCAGGUACCACCCUGUGGCAAGCCAAGUGGAGAUAUCCUCGUCAACGGGACCAAGAAGGCCGAGGCUGCCACUGAGGCCUGCCAGCUGCCGACAUCCUCGGGAGAUGCUGGGAGGGAGUCCAAGUCCAAUGCCGAGGAGUCUUCCUUGCAAAGAUUGGAAGAACUGUUCAGGCGCUACAAGGAUGAGCGGGAAGAUGCAAUUUUGGAGGAAGGCAUGGAGCGCUUUUGCAAUGACCUAUGUGUCGACCCCACAGAAUUUCGAGUGCUGCUCUUGGCUUGGAAGUUCCAGGCUGCAACCAUGUGCAAAUUCACCAGGAAGGAGUUUUUUGAUGGCUGCAAAGCAAUAAGUGCAGACAGCAUUGACGGAAUCUGUGCACGGUUCCCUAGCCUCUUAACUGAAGCCAAACAAGAGGAUAAAUUCAAGGAUCUCUACCGGUUUACAUUUCAGUUUGGCCUGGACUCUGAAGAAGGGCAGCGGUCACUGCAUCGGGAAAUAGCCAUUGCCCUGUGGAAACUAGUCUUUACCCAGAACAAUCCUCCGGUAUUGGACCAAUGGCUAAACUUCCUAACCGAGAACCCCUCGGGGAUCAAGGGCAUCUCCCGGGACACUUGGAACAUGUUCCUUAACUUCACUCAGGUGAUUGGCCCUGACCUCAGCAACUACAGUGAAGAUGAGGCCUGGCCAAGUCUCUUCGACACCUUUGUGGAGUGGGAAAUGGAGCGAAGGAAAAGAGAAGGGGAAGGGAGAGGUGCACUCAGCUCAGGGCCCGAGGGCUUGUGUCCCGAGGAGCAGACUUAGUGGCUCUGUCCCAGGAGCAGCAGCAAGGAUCUGCCAGCUGCCCUGCAGCCAACUGAGGAAUUGGACCAUUUUGGAAAUUACUGAAGAUCCGGAUAUUUUCUACUUUACACCUUUCUCUGCCUUGUAUCUGAAAGGGCUCUAAAAUGCUGUAUCAUGUUUUAGGCACUUUCUUCAUUUUUUUUGGUUAUUUUGGUUAUUUCCUUUUUGGGGGGGAUCUCCCAGAAUAUUUGAACCUGGUUACAUGUUGUGUAUCUUUUUUUGAAGCCUUCAGAUAGAAUAAGCCUGCCAUUUCUUGCACAAAUUAGGUUGUUUUUUUUUUGUUUUUUUUUUUUUUUUUUGGUAGGGGAGGGCAUAGAGCAGGGAGCGGGGAUGGGACUGUUAGGUUGAAUUAACAUUACAAAAUGAUACAGUGCCAGAUCUCAGUUUUGCAUAUUGUUUUUCAGGGCAGGUCUGUACUGUGUGUAGUGCUGUUUACAUGGUUGAAUUUAGGUUGUAGUAAUUAUUUUUAAAGAUUUACACAGAUUUGAAUAGCAGUGUUAACUGUUAACCACAUUGCAUUAAUUCCCAGGCGAUUUAGAGCUCUUGGAGAGCCAAGGCCAGCCAAGAGCAUUUGUAGUCUGGUGACAACCCCCUUUUAAGCUAAUUUAUCCAGAACCCUGAUUUCCCUCACUUCUUGCUCAUUCCUUCUUUGACCUAUUGCAUUUCAUGUUGAGUUUUUCCAUCAACAUGCUGCACCUGUCAGUCAAGUGAGCAUUUUUUAAGAACACAUUGUACUGAGAACCACUUAAGCAUUGAAUGCAGAGAAAGCAGUGCUACCUCAGUUUUGCUGGAAGUAGACUUCUUUGAUAGUUUUCUUUCUUUGAUGAAGUUUCUGUAUUUUCAUGUUGUAAGUGGAAAUACUUUUUUUUGUUUGUUUGUUUCAUUUGCCUUGGAGCCAAAGUUUCUGUUCCUGGUGGUCGGGAAACUGCCUGCCGGCCAACUGACUUGAAGGAAAACUGUGGUAUGGAGCUCUGCUUGAAUUUUUUUUUUUUUUUAAUAUUUUUGUUUUUUUCUUUGAAUAUCAUCAGCUUACUUGUCUGGUAAGGGCAGAAGCCUGGGGUUGGCCUGAACUCUGCCAAACAAAUAUCAAAGUGUAUUUAAUAGUUAAAUUUGUGCCCUUUCCCUUCUUGCUGCACCCAUGUUGUCACUUAACCCCCAGGAGUUAUUUAUUAUCUUUUUGUUAAAGUCAGGCUCAUAUGGGGUAAUGUGAUGACUGUUUAGGUUUACAUGACCCUCCUUUCCCUACCCCCAAAUAUGUAUAUAUACAUAUAUAAAGUAUGUAUAUAUUUUACCUAUAUAAAAUAUAUAUAUAUACACAUAUAUGUAUCUAUAUUCCUUUGUUUCUUUGCCUGCUUAUACUGGCCAUAAAAGAGGGAGCUGCCUUCAAUGUAUAAAGUAUAAGAAGAGUGCCAGGGAAUGCCAUAAUGGAGGCUUUUGGAUCUGAAUUUGGACCAUUUCACUAAAGAGAACAUGAGUUUGCUCAGCCCUUUCCUCACAAGAGGGAGGGCCCGGUUCCCCAGACUUCUCCACGUGCUCACUCCAUAAAGGCCAGCUUUGGCCAGACUGCCACAGGGGCCUGAGGAGCUGACUCUAGGCCUACCUGGUUUCAGUUAGAGGGUCCUCCUGUUAUUUUUCCAUUUAAAAAGUUAUGUCCUCAGAAAACUGUACUGGAAGGAUGGGUGGUAGGAACUUGUAUAGUUCAGCUUCCAACACUUUGGAACAGAUUAAAAAGGGAAUCUUUUAAAUAAAAACUUAUAAAAAUAUUUAUACUCUUGAGGUAAUGAGACUUUGUCUAUUAAACAUUUGGAGGUUUCUCCCCUAUCCUAAUACCCCGCUGCGUCCCAGGUAUGUUUCUCAGCCUGGGCAGGAAUUGCAUGUUUUGAGUUCCAUUGUGAGCAGCCUUACAGCUCUGGGCUCCCAUCUUAAGGAUUAUUAAAGAGUUUUGGCAGUCAGUAUUUUUCUAAAACUGAUAUUGACCAUAGGGAACAUACUUGGAAUUUUUGUUUUUGUUUUUUAAAUCCUAAACCUGACAGUUCCUCCUUCAGAGGGGCAAAUGGGAAACUUUAAGAUCAUCCAUGGUAUAGUACUGCUAGAAAGCUGAAGGAGGUCUUGGGCCAGAUGCCUGGCUUCUGUUCUAGCUAAAUAAGACUCUUGAAUAAAUCUCCAGGGGUCCCAGCAGGUUCUGUGGGAUCAGUUGUAGCUGGGUACCCAGACUGAGGUUUUAAAAAGACCGCUUUUUCAUUAAGCCAGUUUGCAACUCAUUUUCCCUGGUUCUGGGUUGGGUAGUGGUUGACUGAGGGAAAAGGCAGGCUGCUCUUGGCUAGGUAAGGCCCUUUCCAUCCCAGAUCAGAGUGUAUCAGAGAAAGGUGCACAAAAGAGGGAGGCAGCCCAGGACCCUGAGUACUCUGGAGAAACUAGGUUCCUUCCCCACCCUUUAAGAAGACAUUCCGUGCAUUAGGUGUACUAGAGUGGGUGGAUUUUGUUGUUUUUUAAAUUAACUAUUUAGCCUCCUCAUCCCCCACCAAAAAAGCCAUUUAGUUAUUUUUUGGUUAUAUUGAUCCAUUUGCAAAUGGGAAGCCAGAAAAGGGAGCAGUCAGGGAGGGACUUACAAGUUCCUUCCAAGUUUGAGUACUUGAUGCUCAUCAAAGAUUUCAAGCUUCUGCAGUAGCUCUGGGCCAAUGCUUGACUCUUUCAUGACCACAAGAAAUGCAGUUUUUCUGCAAAGGGAUCCAAGGUGAGGUGUGUAUAGGGUUUGAGGUUAUACUUCUGGGAAAUGAAAAGCCUUGUUCCUUUCAACCUAGAAAUACGUUUGCCACUUACUGAGUGAGCAGUAAGUCUGUGUAAGAGGCUGAAUGUAUGCCCCUCAGAUAAGCCAGCACACUCCUUGCUUAGCAACAGAACAUCAGGGUGAUGUGGAGAGGGGCAGGAUGUGGAUGCCACUUUGGAAAUUGGCAACAUCUGAGGGCAACAACAAACUAGUGUGUUGGGAAAUAAGAAAUAACUCAGUUUUGACAAAUGGCUUUGUCAGCUUUUGUGAUGUUUCUUUAGCAGUUUAUUAGAAAGAUGGUAUGAGAUGACAUGCUGCUUCAUUGAAUUGCUCUUUCCCCCACCUUUGCCAAAUCUCAAUGUAUCAUUCUUAACCCCACCUCCUGUAAGGGGCUUUGCUAUGCUUCAGCUGGUUGUCUCAGCAGCUGGAGUGCUGCCCACCUGUGUGAGUUGGGUCCAGGAACCCAUGUCUGCCCUUCUGAUAAGGGAAGAUGAAUCUAGAGCUGGCUGAAGAUCUAAAUUUUAACCAAACCCCUGGGCCAGGAAAGUAACAAUUGAAAAUGUACAAGGCAGUGUUUUCAGUAUUAAACUUCCCCAAGGAAAGCACAAACUAGUCUUUUUGGAAAGGGAGAAAGGAUUAAGCCACACAGUAUUAGUCUUUGAAGCAGUACUGGUCUCCAGGGGCUGGUGCCAAAAUUUAGUCCCAUAGUAGUACACUUGAUGGCCUCAUGUACUAUAUACUCUGCCAAAUUGUAUUAAACAGUGGUGGGAAGUUACUGGGAUAAGAACUUGUCUAAAAGUUUACAAACCAAAUCAGAUCUGUUAGGUUGGUGCAAAAGGAAGUUUUUGCCAUACUUAAUGUAUGUUUUUGCCAUUAAGUAUGGCAAAAACCACAAUUACUUUUACACCAACCUAUAUAUUUAAGAGUGUUUGGUUUGCCAGAUUCCAAAUGAGGUCUUCAGUGCAGCAAAGCCCAAAAGGCAGACUCAGUUAUGCAAUUAAAAGGUCAAGGCAUAGAAGAAAGCUGCUGCUGGGUUUUUGUUGCCUUUUACUUGACUGCUCUGCUAUUUUUCUUGUCUCUCAUGUUUGGUUAGCUGUGACUUGAGCAUAUUGGUAACUGACAAAGGUCUUCCUUGGGGGACUUGAACAUCUUGGUAAAUGACAGGUCUUCCUUGGAGGACUCCAGCAGUAUCUUGUUUAAACGACUGAAAGGACUGUUAAGGUUGUGGAAUUGUGUUAAUUGGGACUCAUUGAGGAAAUGCGACAUUGAUCCUCCUCUUAUUCCACAGUGUGUUUUCUGAUCAUAUAAAGAAGGUUCCCAGCCACCCCCCUUCAGAGUUUAUUCCCACGGUAAGCUGUAAUUGCAUAUCCAGUUUAAACUGGACUGGGACUGCAUGUUGGUGAGGAUCAGCAGGGGUUUUCCCCCUUUUCGAAAGACGAAAUAGAUUCUUGAGCACUGGUUGCAGAAGCCAAAAUAGUUCAAAUAGCUUUGCAUAACCAUUGGGUUCUGCUUCUGAUUCAGGUGCUGGGCAUCAUGUCCUCCCUAUUCUUCUCUUCUUGGAAACCCAGCCUAUCUUAUAGAUACCUACUUCCGCCACCCAUCCAACCUCCCUGCUCCUUUCAACACAAAUCUUGGAUAUUGCCAAAGGAAGCCAUUCAGCAGCUGCUGGGGUUUUUCAUCCCCCCGACAUGCAUACAUUUGCUCUGGGAGAAGUGUCUUCCCUCUGACCCUGGUCCCCAGCUCCGUCUGUGAUUAAUUGCUCUUACCUGUUGCACUAAUGAAUAUGACUCUAGGUUUUAAAGGGGGAAUGUGAAGCAAUAGGCAAAUGGGGCUUGGAUGAAUUGGUCCCACAGAUAUACCCUGCCUUAAGCCGCUGAGGUGAUGAGUCCACUGCUCAUGUGACCCUCCACCUUUGUGGAUCCCUCUUGGUUUGUGACCAGUGUGUCUGUUUGUUGAGGUUGUAUAAACUUGACAAAAGUUAAUACUUUUGUUUGUAUUUUCUGCACUGUUGCACUCUCCAAAUGGCCCCUUGAGUAUUUUUAUUGACUUGUUACACACAUUUUUGUCUUUGAUGUCUACAUUUUUUCCUUUAAUGUUUUUUAUUUGGAAGGUUACCUGCUGUUGGAUUUAAUAAAUUUGUUUACUUGAUUACUGAUAUUUCUACAAAAAAAAAAAAAAAAAAAAACAGUGACUUUAUUCUGGGGCAAAAUUUACCCACUGGGAGCUUCUACCAACAUGAUAUUGAGUAACAAUUUUUAUCCUUUGAAAAACAAUCCAGAUAAGUACAGGAUCCUCAGACUCCAAACAUGGGUGUUGACCUCCCACAUAGCAAGCUUAGUAGGGUGGCUUUUGGGGGUCUCAGUGCUUAGAGGCAAAGAGCAAAUAAGUCUUCACAGGGCCACUGCCUGAAUAGUCUUACCUUAGCAACCGAUGUGAAUUCUCAUGAGGAGUAAAAAGUGAAGUUGAGCAGUAUGUUAAAUGCAUGACCCCUAGAUUUAACAGUAUGGCAGUGAUUAAGGCAAAGGAAACAAGCUGUAUCUGGCUUUAACUGUCAGAUGCCACUGCUGUGUGACCUUUGGCAAGUUAGUGAACCUGUAAGUUUCCUUUUACUCAUCUGCAAAAUUAAAAGACUCUUGGUUCCAUCAGAGUGCUAGGAUUUAAAAGUCUUGAUAAAGUCCCAAUGACACAUAAGUGCUCAAACAUUACAAGCUCUUUUAAGGUUCUCCAAAGGAAUGUUAGGUGAGUAAUGCACGCAAACCAGAGAAUAAGAGAGGGCGGUUGUCAUGGUCAUCCAUGACCUUUCACAAGUCACAGCCCCUCUUAGGGGCUUAAUUUCCCUCUGUGCCAAAUUGGGGAUGGGGGAAGAAGCUCAGACUAACAUGAUCCCUGGGAUUCCCAUCUGCCUCUUAACACUCUAGAUGUAUGAUAAUUAGACCACUUGCGACCCUUAGCUUCCUUCCAUUGUAUUUUCUGUCUAGUUAUUGUUUACAUUCAGGAAAGCUCUUGACUGGCUAUCUUACACAUUUCUUUCAUGGAGGCCCUGAUAGCCUCCCCAAAGAUUCCCAGCCUCGUGUUGGUAUCUUGUAAAAAUAAGUAUGGUGGUGGGAGUAGGUGUACUUUUUCUUUUCUGUUGCAAAGGCUCUGGAAGUCACGUCAACAUUCUCCGAUUAGGGAGAGGUUUCUGAGAUUUCCUCAAUGAACUGGAACUCUUUUUCUCUUCCUCCCUCAUUACUAAGGACAGGACCAGUUGGGGGCUGGAAGGAAAUCUAAGGGGUGAUGUUUUCCUCACUUAAAAAGUAUGCCUCUAAAACAUUCCCCAGUUGGCUCUUGGGCUUGUUUCUUCUGUGCUUUGGCACUUCUGAGUUAUGGAGCCCAGGCAGAGCCUUACAAAUAGGUUUAGGGAAUAAAGUGGAAGGAUGCUGAUUUGGGGGCUUGUAUAGAGCCUGGGCUAUUCAAAGUGCUGUCACAGGCUGCAUAGAUUAUAUACAGCUAAAAUCUAAUUUUCAAUUAGAUGAUGGACAAACAACUUCACUUAGUUACCAGAUGAGCUUAAAUGCACGUGGAAUGCUUUCUAGCAAGAAAGGUGCACUGAAGGUAGUGCUGAAGGUCUGAGGAGUAUGAAAGAGUUGCAACACUGGCUUCUUCCCUCCUUUCAAAUCAGUUGCUGAAGCACAUGGCUGGAUUGGCUCUGGAAGUCAUCCUUCUAGCUCUGAGUUUCGACGUAGGUCAAAAAGGGUUAGUCUGCCUGAUAAGAUUAGGGAGCUUGCCUAACCUCUCCAUUUCCUUUCCUUUAUGUCGACUUCUGAGGAUGCCCUGUCUUAAAAACAUAAGGCUCCUACCUGAGUUUAACAUUCUUCUGUUCAGUGUUCUGACCCUUAUCCCGUCUCUUGACUCAGGGGUGCUGAAAAAGUCCUGGUGGAAUGUAGCAGCACCAGUGCAGUCAGCAGCAAAGCAUCUUAACUCUACAGUGUUUUGUAAUCCAUGCUGAUGGAGACUCUCCAUGGGCCCCGUGCUUAUCUGGGGGUGGUGCUGCUAAAACUGCUAGUACAUUAUAGAGCUACACAAUAGUGUGGUACUACUACAUGACAAAACAGAAAACACGAAUACUGGCCCUAGUAUACACAUGGACUUAAAUGAUAAAGGAGCAUCCUCCUUUAUUGGGUAAGUAAAGCUAGAUAAUUGGGUUAAAUUAUCUAAAUAUUUGGGAGAAAGUUAUUACAUGCCAAGAUAAAUUCCAAGAAAAAUAAGGCUAUGAAGUGUAGACGUUAAAUCAUUAGAAAUAUAUAAACUUGUCAUUGGAUCCAGAGAUCAGUCAGGGCUCUCUAAGCAUAAAAGCAAAUAGAGGAAAUCACAAAAGACUAAACAUAAAAUGAUAUACCUUAAAAAGCAAACAAAUUUUGUAAUAGUUUGUAAAUGGACACUAUAUAUAGUGAAUCCAUAAGGCGCUCUUAAAAAUUCAGUAUGGAAAAGGAUCUGGCUUCCCAAUAGAAAAAUGGCAAAGGAUAUGAACAACUCACUUAGGAAAAAUAAUUUACCAAAAAGCUUCUGGGAAAAAAAGCAGGAAUGCCAAUCUAAAGGGUAUUCAAAUAAGCAGACAUUAAAUAUACAAUGAAAAACUUAAACUGGCAAAAAUUUGAAACAAAUCUACGCUAGUAAACAGUAAAAGCCUUUCUGGAGUUAAAAGCGUGUUCGUACUCUUUAACCCAAUAAUUUCACUUACGAACUUUUCCUAAAAGAAAUAUCUCCCAAGGAUGUAUGUGCAAGGAUAUCACCGGCAGCAUCAUUUGGGAACAACUUCAACGUCAACAAAAGGGACUGUUUUAGAAAUUAUGGCAUACAUCAAUGCUAGAAUAUUACACAGCUAUUAAAACUCUGCUUUUGAAUAAUAGAAUUUCUAUCAUCAUGGAAAAAGUUGAUCGAUUAUAAAAUAUUGGCAGUCAUUGACCAUUGAUGGUGGGAUCAGUUGUGAUUUAAAUUUUUCUGUAUUUUUCAAAUUUUCAUUAAUAGGUUUCCUUUGUAAUAGGGAAGAGGUUAUUUACAAAAAGGGGGGUAAAAGGAAAUGAACAACCCCCCCCUCCAUGGGCAAGGAGACCAGAAAAUGGGAGUAAUGUGUUCAAAGCCUAAAUGAGUUCUGUAAAAGCCCUUGGAGUUGCUUUUCUCCCAUAAGAAGCUGCUUCUCCAGCAGCUGCCUUGGCAGCUCUGCGCUGGCUGCCUAGAAGGGUGUGGGAGGAAAAAUGCACAAACGCACUUAUGAAUGGAAUGUGUGUUUUGCAAGAGGCCAAGUUGGCAGCUUUGGCUUCCAAAAGGUGGAGCAUCAGGCGAAAGAACAGAGUGUGCAGACUGAAGUCUCAGAGGCCUCGUAGUGCAGGCCCAUCUCUGCAGAGUUCUGGAGUUGGAUCCCUGGGGAAACCUCCAACCCUACCCUUUCUCCUAAGAAAAAGAUGGCCUUGGCUAUUCUUGGGAGCAAGUGGAGUGCUCUUGGUACAGGGAGAUGAUCCUUAGUAAAAUAGUAUGUCAUUUAUUCAGCACUCAAUUUUGACUUUUCCUAGUUUAAUCCUCAUAACCUUAUGAAGUACUAAUUUCCCCUAUUUUAAAGGUGAGGAAACAGGCCCAGAGAGGGAAAAUAAUUCACACAUAGUGCAUUACUGUGUCAUUUUCCACAAAUGUCUCAAUAAUCAAAAGUAGUUAUUUCCUCAUUUUAUACAGCUGUGGAAAUAGCCUCAAAUGAGGUUAAGUGACUUGCCCCAAAAUACUCAGGUGUGUGUGGGAGGUGAAGCUCCAACCCCGGCCUGUUCAUAUCCGAGGCAGGCACUUAAUUUUCUCUGUCAGGACUUGAGCCUCAAGAGGUAAACAGCAGCUAAGCUCUCACAGCUUUGGAGCUCAGCUGGGCAGGAAGGAACCCAACAACACUGUCAGUUUCAAGUUGUUCUCAGGGCCUUGCAGCGGAAGUUGGCAGUUCACCUAGGGAACUUUCCUCCUGAUGAAGGGACUUGAAUCAAGUUGCGGUGUCUGAUCCCAAGUCAAGCUCUUCAGUUCUGGUUCCAUAUAGGGCCAGAUCUUACAGAAGCUACAUUUAAACUUUCAUAUAGGACCAGAUCUCAUGAAACUACAUUUAUAGGAUUAAACACUGCUCCAACUGCCCAACCCUAAGAGUUAAUUUUAAGUAGAAUUAUCUUUUUCUUCUUUUCUUCUCCUGACAGCAGGUGGUAAGAAUUAUUUUCCAAUUAUAAAAGCAAUGUAUGUUGAAUGUUAAAAAACAAAAUCGAGUCUACAACAGAAAAGCAUUUGUUAAAACCUAAUUUGUCAAUGCCACUAGCCAUAGAUAAAUACUAUUAACGUUUUGGCAUAUAGCCUUGCAGGUUUUGUUAGAAGCCUAUGUAUAGCUUUGUAUAUUUUCUCCUACAAAAGUGGACUCAAACUACAUGCUAUUCUGUAUCCCUCCAGACUUCAUACAACAAAUAAUAUACAGUACUGUGAAUAUAUAAUCUCACUAAUCUGUAAUCCUCUGGGAUACAUACCAUUAUUAUCCCAAGCACAGAAAUGUUAAGUAAUUUAUUCAAGUCCACACAAUAAUUUCAAAAAGCUGGGAUUCAAAGUCAAGCAUUCUGGAUCCAGAGGUCUACUGCCUCUUCUUGAAGAUCUCUUUCACCGAAGAUUUUAUUUACUCUCUCACACACACACACUUUAGAACUGGCUACCUAGAACUCCAUUGUAAUAACCCUCUGAUAUCUCCUUCAUUACAUGUUUUUGUGUAACUAUCCUAGUACCCUAGGAUAAUGCUGUAGAAUUGCAGGGUCUCUGUACAGAGCAAUUUACAAGGUUUUUGGGUAUGAUUACAUACUGUAUGCCAGAUUCAUCCUUUCUGGAGGGCAGUUAAUAUCUCUAGUAGUUUUGGAAUUGGGUGCCUAUGCCCCAUGUCCUUUCCAACACAGAUUGUUAUCGGUUUGAGAGUUGAUUAAAACAGUUUUUACUGAAUUUCAAGUUUCCAGUUCCUAGAGGGAGAGAUGGUGUGAUGGAGGCACCUACUGGUGAAGGGUGGCACUGCAGUCAUGUUCUGAAGGGAAGGAGGAUUCCUAAAUGUGGAAUGGAAGGGGUUUCCAGGGCUGGUUAAAAAAACUAAAAGAAUCUUCCACUCCACUGCCUGGUGGACUUGCCAGAUUUCUCAGUUCAGCUAUCAUUGUCCUUCAAUUUUUUAAGAGUUGUCAAUAAGAAAACAGUUUAAAUAAAUUUGCUUCACAGACAUUA